AUGGACUUACCCACUGGAAGAGUGUUCUCACUGGCAGAUCCACCAAGGGGAAAAAGGGAGGCGUUUGACAAAAUGCUUGAAAGAGGGAGAAUGAAUGAUAGGCGACUUCACUUAACCCCCAUGAGGACUGAGAGCUUCUUCAUCUUGCCUCAUGAGGAAAAUUUCCAGGAUCCCUUCUGGCUGUUCUAG